GGUAUGUUUUGUUAUGUAUACUGGAAACAAGAUGCAGCAGAACAUAAGGGACGAAACUUCGCAGGUGAACCACAGCGAGAAAAAAAUGUUGCUGAAAACAUUUGUCUGUCUCUUGUGCUCUGUCACUGUGGCCUUAGACAGCUGUCUUAACAAUGGAAGCUAUUUAGUGAAACAAGAACCUAAACAGUUACUACUUAAUCCUGGAGAAACGGCAAUCAUUAACUGCACACUGAUCUCUGCCAAAGAACAAAAAAUGAAAAUUUUUAACUUCAGGAAACGUUUCACAAAAUUAAUGACUAUAGUGGCCAAUGGUACUAAAUAUGUGAACAGUGCGACGUAUCGGAAUCGUCUGAAAUGCUCUGGCCAGGCUCCACAUUUCACUCUAAUGUUGAAGAAUGUGACACAUGAUGACUCGGACUUUUAUCUAUGUGAUGCAAUCGUUGGAGAUUUUGUGGACAUCAUUGGAGAAGGAACCUUCAUUUUUGUUGGAAAACAAGAAGUCACAGAGAAGGAAAAUGAAACAGAAGAACCCAAUGUAAAUCAAGCAUCAAACAGCUCAAAGUACAUCAUCAUCAGUAUAAUUGCUGGUCUCCUCCUCUUACUCCUCGCACUAUUUGUAUUUGUCAGAUACUAUAAGACGGAGAAGAAAAACCCCAACCACAAUACCUAUGUGGAUAUGACGCAAACUCUCCGUCGAAACACCAUGCAAAAUAAUAAUGUUUAUUGUCACCCAUAAAACAACAAAAAGCAACCAUUUACUGAAAGCAGAAGAAGCUCUUAAUACAAUGCCAUUUCGAUGGGACUGUCUUUGGUUGUAACAAGCGCUUAAAACAUGAACUUUUUUCUACAAAUAACCAGCUAAAGUUA